AGAGCAUGGCCAAACCUUGCACCCUGGACAAACGCACUGAGUGCAAGCCGUGUGCAACUGAGCACUACACCCAGUAUUGGAACUACCUGGACAGGUGCUUGUACUGCAGCGUCCGCUGUAGCACCCUGGAGGUGGAGGUGGUGCCGUGCAACAGGACACACAACAGGGUGUGUGAGUGCAAGCCGGGCUACCACGCCGAGUCGCUCUUUUGCAUCAAGCACUCCAAGUGCCCGCCAGGAAGCGGAGUGGUUGAGCCCGGCAACCCCCGAGAAGAUACCCAGUGCAGUGUCUGCCCAGAGGGGAGCUUUUCCAGCAACCAUUCCAGCAAGGAUCCCUGCCAGACCCACCAGAACUGCUCCGCGCAAGGCCUUCGGGUCAACGUGCCUGGCACCCUUUUCCACGAUGCCUAUUGCACCUCCUGCAGGGCUGACAAAGGCUCAGAGGAGGGCUCAGGUACGGGAGAUUGUCUCGAGGCAGCCCUUGACUUUGUACCCUUCCAACUGAAGUCACCACGAAGGCUCCGGCGUCUGUAUCGUAAGCUCACUCAAACUGCUCCUGGGACGGAGAAGAAGAAGCCCAUCGAAGAGCUGCAGGUGGACCUUCAUAGCUACCUGCUCCAGCUCAAGAACCUGCAUGGGAAGGAGGAAGCGUGGGAUAAGGUCCAGGUAGCCCUGACGAAGCUGAAGUUGGAACGCAUUCUGCAGAACGUCCUGAGGAGGUUCACUGUGGGUUGAUGAGGCCACUCGAUACGGGGGUUUAUUGUAUCAUAGGUAUAAAAUGGUUGGUCAUGGAUUUGUGGACUUGGAUCGUUGAGUUAAGAAUUGUAACAAGAGGAAAUUUCCGUUGUGUGAAGAAUUUGCACAACUACAAACCACCUUGAAUUUCUGGGAAAGUGAAUCGAUUUGAUGACCUUUUCAAGGCAAUGCAAAAUCUGUGCCAGUGGGCGAUGUGGAGCGUCUUGCUCUGGAGUAGCCUGACUCUGGAGUACUCUGCUUCCCUGCCCAAAUUCGAAUGGAUAGACCCCCAGACCCACGAGAAGCUGUUGUGUCACAAGUGCCCCCCGGGGAUGAGCAUAGUCAAACCUUGUACCCGGGACGACUUCACCGAGUGCCUGACGUGUGAUUACGGGAAGUACAUCCCGUAUUGGAACACCCUGGACAGGUGCAUGUACUGCAACUUCCCCUGUGGCACCCUGGAGGUGGAGGUGGCGCCGUGCAUGUUGACCCAGAACAGGGUAUGUGAGUGCAAGCCGGGCUACCACGCCGAGAAGCUCCUUUGCAUCAAGCACACCAAGUGCCCACCAGGAAGUGGAGUGGUUCAGCACGGCAACCCCCGAGAAGAUACCCAGUGCAGUGUCUGCCCAGAGGGGAGCUUUUCCAGCAAGCAUUCCAUUGAAGAGACCUGCCAGACCCACAGGAAUUGCGACGCGGAAGACCUUCGGGUCAACGUGCCUGGCACCAUUUUCCACGAUGCCUAUUGCACCGCCUGCAGAACUAAAAAAGACCUGGAGGUGGGCUUAGGUACGGGAGUCUGUCUCAAGGCAGCCCUUGAUUUUGUACCCUUCCAGCUGAAGUCCCCACGAAGGCUCCAGCAACUGCAUAGUCAGCUCACUCAAAUUGCUCCUGGGACGGAGAAGAAGAAGCCCAUCGAAGAGCUCCAGGUGGACCUUCAUAACCACCUGUUUCUGCUCAAGAGACUGCAUGGGAGGCAGCAAGCAUGGAAUAUGGUCCAGGUAGCCCUGACGAAGCUGAAGUUGGAACGCAUUCUGCAGAACGUCCUGAGCAGGUUCUCUGUGGUUUGAUGAGGCCACUCGAUACGGGGGUUUAUUGUAUCGUAGGUAUAAAAUGGUUGGUCGUUUGUGGACUUUGAUCGUCGAGUUAAAGUAUUUAUAAAAAAGCUAGCUGUUCAAAAGAAAAAUCAGUCUCCCUGUCAACUUGCAAAGCUUUCAAGUUGCCAUGAGCAGGAGGGAGGGAGAACUGAAGUGAAUUCCAUACAUUCUUUCUGACCGCAAUCAGAAGGAGGGUGUUAGGUUUCACAGCCAGCCAAAGUGGUUAAUUGGAGAAUGUGAUUUAUGACAUGGCCAGAGAGGAGGGGAGAGACAGGGGCAUAGGGGAAUGUAAAUCUACGUAUGAUCAGUCCUAACUGCAUCCGAGUAUUGCCGGAAUGUUGCUCCUAAUAAAUGACUAUAAUCCCUUUGAA